AGCAGGUUAGAAAUACUCGCCCAUCUCACUACAACACCUGUUUCCUUGCCUUUGGUGUCGGUAUGUACGGCAAUAUUUUUAGAGCUGACUUUGGCCUUUUAAAUUUUAUUCUUUAUUAUUUGUUGAGUAAUUAAUAGUAGAUAUUUACUUACUAUAUGAAAGAUAUCAUAACAUUCUCACAUCAUCGUUGCUUGAAUAGGUUAAUUGUGGGAUCUCUGACUUUGAAAAUUUGAGAACUUGAUAAUUCAUCAUCUCAUCCUCUUCAUCAUGAUGCUGAUUCUUCAUGUGCUGAUGCUGUCGCUCCUCUCGGGUGGUUCAGCCAAAGUUGUGCAGAAUUUUGAGAGUGAAUGUGGUCAAUUUUUUGCAAAUGGAAAAUCACCAACGAGAUUUUCUGGAGCACAAUACAGGGAGAUCUGCCAAACUCUAAAUAAUGGUGUUUAUUAUGCCACAUUUUAUGACACAUACAACAAGAUCCCCGUGUAUUCAGCCUACAAGUUUGAAGGGAUAAAGAACUGCAAAAGACUAAACAAGUGGUACAUUGAACCUCAACUUGAUGAUAAUAAUGGAUCACCAAGCAUGAAAUUUGAGAAAGAUGUGAAUAUAAAAACACUCGGAGACCAUCAAGCUCUCAACAAAGAUUAUAAGAAGUCUGACCGUGACAAAGGUCAUCUGGAACCAGUUUUCCAGGCAAGCUCACAGGGCUGUGCUGAUGCCACCUUCACUCUCACCAAUGCUGCUCCACAAAACCCCUCUUUUAACCGAGGUCAGUGGAGGGACCUAGAAAAAGAAAUGGCAGCUAAUCUGUCCAAUCAAUGUAAACUACCAAAUACUGCUUACAUUGUGACAGGGGUGGUACCAGGUGAAAGUAAAAUAAAUAAUAGAGUAAAUGUGCCUAGUCAUUUCUGGACUGCAUACUGCUGCUUAGACAACAAUAAAAAAUGUAAGAUUUCAGGUGGGUUUAUUGGAGAGAAUGUUGGAGCGAAUGUUACUCUCAACAAAAAAACUGUGAAGAAUUUAGAGAAGGAGUUGGCAACGCUUUAUAACAUCAAAUCCUUUAAGUUGUUUUAAGCUCUAUGAAACCCCAA